AUCGUUAUGGUAAUUACACGUUAAAAGAUUGCAAUUUGGUUAAUGUUCUUUCAAAACAAACAAAUUAAUUAGACUGUUAAAUCCGUGAAAUAAUUUAUCAUUUCAAACUAUCGAAUGUCAUGAUUGUUAUGUUGUUUUGAUGAAGGAUUUUCGAAAAAGCAAAUUACAUAAUCAUCAACACCAUUCGUUCAAAAAACAAAUAAAAUGGAUACAGAUUUUAAUGAUAGAUUUGAACACGAUGAAUUUUCAAUCGAACAAGUUAAACAAUUAUUUCAUUGUUUAGUUGAUAAUGAUGAUAAUUUAUUGAAAAAAUGCUGUGAUUUUCUCAACAAUUCAUUGAUCGAUGAUGAUUCCACCAUAAACAACAAUGUUUCAUCACAAAAAACCACAUUCCGCAAUGGUGAAUGUGAAACCGAACAACAACAACAAACCGAAAUUCAUUUCGAAUCACGAAAUGAUGAAUUUGAACAGAUCAUAUCAUCAUUGUCUCAAAAUAUUAGACAAAUUCAAUUAGAAUUUAAUCAGCACAACAACAAUAAUAAAAAUCCAACAACAACAAUCAAUUAUUGUGAAUUGACUGAUUCAUUUUUCAACAAAUCUAAUCAAAUUCAAUUGGAUCUAGUCAAGAUUAAAAAAUUUUUAAUUCUAAAAUCGACAUCUGGUGAAGAAAAACGAUGUCGAAAACAUUCAACUUGUGGCCAAUCUUACAAUAAUUAUAUAAAUCGAAUAUUAGGCAAUCGAUUUUUCUUUCUACAAUUAUUACAUUUUGAAUGUAUCAUUUUACAUUAUUUGAAAUGUUUUUCUCAACAACAGCAAACAUUUUCCAAUAACAAUUUAUCAAAUGAUAUCCUAUUAUCACAGAUGCAAUGUUUAUUUCGAAAUUAUUAUACAUUGAUUAUUAAACUUUCCUAUGAACCGCCAUUUGUUCAAUCAGUACGAUCAUUACAUCCAAAAUCAUCGAUAAUCACUUGCAAUAUUUUGUGUUAUUAUCUGAAAUUGCUUGAUCAUAAAUUGAUUCGGGAAAAUUCACAAAACAAUCAACAGGAAUUAGUCGAUACAAUCAUCAACAAUAGAUCCAUAGUGAUUAUUCUGGACUAUCUGAUCAUUUUGAAUCGAUUAGAAUUGUUGGAUUUUAAAACAGAAAUUUUUCCGAAUAUUAUAGCCGGAUUCGGCGAAAAUCAAUCGGAUUUUGAUAAAAUUAUUCAGAUCACUCAGGAAUAUUUUGAAAAUAAUCCCGAUUCUUCCUUAUUAUCAUCACAAAUCAAUCUAGUCCGAUUUGGUAAUUUGAUAUUGAGAAAAUUUGGUUCAUUGAAUAAAUUCAUUGAAAAAUCAACACUUAGAUCUCGAACAAUAUUAAUGUUGUUUAAUGUUUGUCGAAAAUUACGAUGUGAUUCGGAUCGUUUUUGUUCAUCAUGGAUUUUAUUACCUACCGUUAUUGAAUUAUUGCAACAUUGCAAUCAAUAUCAUCGGGAAAUUUGUGAACAAAAAUCCACAUUAAAUUUAAACAAAGACGAUAUUGAUCGUUUGGAAAUUGGUGAAAAAUUGAUUGAAAAAGAUAGUCAACUAAAAUUGUAUCUAUCAAUAUUACGUGAUAUUUAUGGAAUUUUAUCAUUAUUGCUUACGUUUACGGAAUCAUCCAUUACAAAUGAAUAUUUUCGAUCAUUGAAAAUUGGUGAAAUAAUUUUUCAAAAAUUCAUGCAACCAUUUGUCUGUUCAUUAAAUGGAACCGAACAUAAUGAUCCCAUCAUCAGCGACGAUAAUUAUCGACAGAUGAAAAUCAAUACAAUAUCUGAGGCAUAUAAAAUAUCGAAUUUAUAUCGAAAACAAUAUGAUCGUAUAAUACAUUAUACAAAUCGUUUAGUUGUUAUGUCCAGUAUGUUUAUACAACGUUUAUUACCGUCUUUAUUGAUACCAUUAGAUGAUAAUCGUAAUCCAUUCACAUUUCAAUAUAAUCCCCAUUUGCCAAAAGCAACAACAAUUGUUGAGCAAAUAAGCGAAGAUCAAGGAGAUUAUGAUGAUGAUGAAGAACAACCAGAUUUAGAAAUCUAUCCCGUUGGUAGUGAUGAAGAAUGUUUAGAGUCGGAUUUAUUUUCCGAAAGUGAAUUAGAAGAUACUACUAGCAAUGAUAAUAAUAAGAAAAAAUCCGAAGAAAUUGAUAGUUCACUUGCGAGAUCUUAUCUGGGUUUUUUUCCCGAAAUCAAAUUCAAUUGCUCAAAUGACGAUAAUGAACUUAAACUAAGUUGUUCAUGUGAUCAGGAUUGUUCCAAACCGAUAUUCAAACAAAAACCAACAAAUAUUUCGACAUUCAUCAGACCGGAUAAAAUUGAUGAUUUUGAUUGGAAAAAAACUUUCACGGCAAUUUAUGAUUCAAUAAAAACGGUCCAACCUAAACAGGUGAUUCCCACACCAGAAUUGAACAAUUGUCAUCAACAAAAUUCAGUCCAAAUUCAUCCAAUGACAUAUCCAUUUUUGAAGAAUGCAAUUCGUUUAAAAAAUUACCAUCAUAUUAAAUUAUUGGAUCAUGUUGGCCAGCGUUUGUUUCCAUUGUUUAACAAUUGUGAAUAUAAUAUUGUCUAUGAUAUUGAAAAACCGGUGGCGAAAACAAUGGAUGAUGAAAAAUUUUUAAAAUUUGAAUCACGAUUUGAAUGUGGUAAUCUUCGCAAAGCAUUAUUCAUACAACAAUCAAACCCCAAUGAAAAUAAUGAACAGGAAUAUUUGUUAAUUUUGAAUCCCGAUAUUAAUUGUACAUCACACACUCAAUGGUUUUAUUUUCAAGUUAAACAAAUGCAAACUAAUCAUAAAUAUCGAUUCAAAAUUAUAAAUUGUGAAAAGAAAAGUAUUUUAUUCAACAAUGGACAACAGCCAUUAUUCUAUUCGUGUCGAGAAUAUGAAAAAUGUGGAAAAACUUGGCAAAGAAUUCAUGAUAAUGAACCGAUGACCAACAAUAAAUAUAUAGUUGCUUAUUAUAGAAAUCAUUAUGUUAAAAAUAAGGAAUUUAAAAAUUUAUUCAAAGCAAAAUUAUUUUAUACAUUGGAAUUUACAUUCACUUUUCCGUAUGAAAAUGAUGAAUGCUAUUUUGCAUUCAAUAUUCCAUUUAGUUAUAGUCAACUUCAAACUAACAUCUGUUAUUGGUCUUAUUUAGUUGAUAAUCAUAAUCGAAAAAAAUCUGUAAAUCCUGGUGAUCAAAUUUUGUUCAUUUCACAAACAUUAUGUUCCUCAUUAAAAGGCAAUGAUUUGCCUGUGAUUACAAUAACAUCGAAUGAUAAAUUUGAUGAUAAACAUUAUAUUAUGAUUACUGCCCGUGUUCAUCCAUCCGAAUCAAAUUCAUCUUGGUUGCUCAAAGGUUUCAUUGAUUUUCUGCUACAUUCAUCCGACAAUGAUGGUGAUGAUCAACUGAUCUGGCUAAAAAGGAAAGAAUUAUUAGAUAAAUAUAUUUUCAAAAUAAUUCCUAUGCUCAAUCCUGAUGGUGUUAUUAAUGGCUGUACUAGAACCGAUUUACAAACCGAAGAUUUAAAUCGUCAUUGGAUGGAUCCAUCGCCAAUUUUACAUCCAACAAUUUAUCAUUCAAAAAUGUUGCUACAAUGUUUACAUACUUAUUCGGGUGGUCGAAAUCCGGUUGCAUUUCUCGAUAUACAUGGCCAUUCACGACGACACAAUAUAUUUUCCUAUAGUUGUUUUCCAUUAUUAUCAUGGAAAAAAUCUGAUCAACAAAAUUAUUUUAAAAAACAUCUUCAAAAGCAUUUGUGUGUUUGCACCGAUAAUACAACAUGCAAAUUAAUUGAUCAACUUGAAUCAAUUAAAAAUGAAAUGAAUGAUGAUGAUGAGCAUGUGGUGAAUUUAGCCAUGCCACCAUUUCUAACGAUUCCAUUAGUUCUACAAUAUCAACAAUCACCGGCAUUUAACCCGGAUUAUUGUUCAUUUGCAAUGCAAAAAGAUCGUGAACAAACAGCACGAUUGGUAGCUUAUCGUCAAUAUGGCAUCAAUUUAGCCUAUACAAUUGAAUGUUCAGCAAGUGGUUGUGAUAGAGGUCCGUAUGCUGGACAAAAUUUAUCCAUUAUACAAAUGCAAGAAAUGGGUCAUUUUCUAGCUAAAUCAUUCAAUCUUAUCAAAUUUAUUUAUUGUUCAUCGAAACAUUUUCCAUUGAUACAAUUCAUACCAGAAUCUAUCGACGAUCAACAACAACAAAAUGUAAACAAAGCAAAUAAAAUCAGCAAUAUCAUAUUGAACAGAUGUGUACGGUCAAGAACUUCGGACAAAUCGAUGAUGCCCAAACAACAAAAAAUCAAACAAAUGAUUACAAACUUAUAUCCAGAUCUCAAUGAAUUGGAUUCAUAUUUUGUGGAAAAAAUUAAUAAUAAAUAAAAAUAUUGGAUGAUAAAUUAA